UGUGAGCCACACACAUGCAAACUAAACGGACAUUGGAGCACCAACAAGGGAACCGUCCUGCCGCAACUCUUCUGCUUCUCCUGCCGAGGAAAGUGACUGACUUUGCAGUGACACAGCGGCUUCUCCUCCCGCUCUGCUGUCCUUCUGUGUUUACGGGAAGUAAAGUGGAAUAUAACCUGAAACUUUUGCCACCGCUCGGACCAAAGAGAGGCUGAUCCAAGGGUAACAUGAAACGGGGGCUGAAGGACCAGAAUGGCUGCACACAUUAAACACCUGGAAUUAUACUUUCUUUGACGAAGAAUUGCCAAAAAACUCUGGAACAAACUCUCUUGAACUCCUACAGAUCUUAGUUUUAAUUUCUCUCUGUGGAUUAUAAGUAACAGGCUGCCAUCAUGCCUAUUCUCAAGCAGCUGGUGAACAACUCGAACCAGUCGAAGCGGCGGUCUCGGGCUGAUCUGACUGCGGAGAUGAUCAGCGCUCCAUUGGGGGACUUCCGCCACACCAUGCACGUUGGCAGGGGAGGGGAUGCCUUUGGGGACACUUCGUUUCUUAGCACCCGAUCGGGGGAACCUCCCAGGGAGCCAGAACCAAAGCAGGGCUCCCCGGGGCCUAAACCGGGGCUGCUGUCCCGCACAUUCAGAAGCAGCAAGCGAUCUCAGUCGGUCAACCGGGGGGACAAGUAUGACUACAAUAUGAUGGCGCCUUCCGGUGGCUCGUCCAACUAUGUGAAAAACGCCAUAUCCCUGCCUUACCUAAACAAUGAGGAUAUUAACAGAGGCAACCAACUGCCCAAGAGCGUUUCCUCGAGCCCCAUGAAGAGGCUGUCGGAGCACGAAAGCAAGCCGGUAAACGGAGCAGCGGCAAUGGCGACAUUGGAUGCAGAGUUCGAUGAGCGGAACUUCGGGGAACUUACAGAUUUGCCCCCAUCCAUGCCCAAGGGAGGCGGGAUGAAGCACGCAGAGUCUAUGAUGUCCUUCCACAUCGACUUGGGGCCCUCCAUGCUCGGGGACAUCUUGAGCGUGAUGGAAAAGAAAGGCUAUGAGGACGACGACCUGGGCUACGAAGAGGGCAAGGGCAGCGAGGGCCGUGCGUCGCCGUCCCUCAUCCCCCACAUAGAUGACGAUGAAAUGGAGGAGCGGGCCCCGGCGAGGCCACCUCGCACCAUGUACCAGCAGAAGCCCGCGGUGGAUCCCUACACCCCCGAGCUGCAAACAAGAAACAACCACCACAACCUGGACAGCUGCUCCGUGUCCAGCUCCGGCUCGGUCACCGAGGAGAAACCGCAGUACCACAUCCACGACGGCGACACGGACAGUGCAAAGUACAGUUCACCUCGUGGGGAGGAAGACAGAGAUUUCACCUUCAUGGAUGACGACGACGACGAUGAGAUUAGAGUGUAGACUGAACUGGCGUGACUGCCGUGGGAAAGACACUAAUGGAGAGGCUGGAAAAGUCAGAGGAGGGAUUUAGAGGCAGGACCACAUCUGCUUUAAGCUUGUUGCAGAUCAAUCUAAUCUCUGCACACUUUGUUCAACAUCAUAAAUAAAACCAAUUAAGCCUUAUUCACUGUGCUGUAGUGAGGAUAUGAGCUGAGGCCGUGUUAGAGUGCAUACAGACUGGCUCACAAAGUGGAACUCUUGAAAGCUUUUGGAUUUGUUGUCAUUAUUAUUUGGGGGAUUUCUCCAUUUUCACAUAAGACUGGCUCCUGUGUUAAACCCACGUCCUUCUAAAAGGUGCAUUUACAAGCCUACAAGGAGUUAAGGGUGACCGUAGGGUUCAGGAACUGUACCCCCAGCUGUCAAUCAUACAAAUAUCACAUUUGGUGUGAGGAGAAGGAUAUGCAAGGUCACAAACCAGAUGUGGAAGUGUACUACAGAUUCUGAACAAGGAAGAGGGAAAGGACAAGAAGUGAAAGUAAGAUAGCUUUGUAAUCCCUGAGUGUGGGAGUGAUCCUGGAGCCUCAUCUGCCAACGACAAUAUCUUGGCUUAGACACUAAAUGGAUAAAGUAGCUAUUACUUUUGUCUAUAUCAUGAAUUUAAGAAGUGAUUUCUGCUAUUUUUUACUUUAUUCCGUGUACAUAGAGUAUCUGGAAGUCGAUCUAUAGUAGCCUGUUGUAUUUGAGUUUGGUAGUUUAUCAUUUUUGCCGCUGUCUCUCUUUGACAUAGUCUUCAUUUUGUUAAAUUCACAGAGAGCUGUGGUAUUUAUUCAUUAAUUUUAUAAGGGAUGGAUCAUACUUAAUGUGCACUGCUAAGUCUUAAAAAGUUUAGAUUUCGGGGGUUUUCUGAUAUGUUGAAUUUCUUACAAAAACGUCUUAAGGGUACUACAGAGUGAGCCAGCUUUUCUCUUUUGAAGUUGACUGCAAGGCACUUAAGUAUUGGACUCAAGUUGACAUAAAAUUGCCUAAGUCACAUCAAUCCUGCUAUUGCUGUCAUGGUGAGGCUGUAUUAGGUGACAAUGACUUCGCCCGCUGCUAGUGAAGGCUUUUAAUUAGAAAAAAAAGUGAAUUGUCAAAAAAAAGAAGGCCUUUUGUAUGUGUUUGGGUCCUGGAUUUUUCUUUUUUUUUUAAACACCAGGGCAGAAGGUGGUGAUUGUGGCUAAUUAUGUGUAUUUCUGUGUCGUCACAUCUCAUUCCACAUCAUUACUGAGGUUGAUAGGAUUAGCAAGUCAGCAGAAAGGCGUAAAAAAAAAAGUUUGAAAGGGAGUUGCUGCAGUAGAUAAAUUAUUAUAUCAAAAUUAAUAGUUCUGGCUCCAUCCAAAACACAUCUACUCUCCAGACGCGUGUUCAGGCGUGUCUCUGAGGAUGUAAAAACAUGUACAAAGUGUUAUUAGAGCGCAGCUACUUAAUAGACGGGCAUCAGGUAUGUCUCGGGGCGGUGAGGGUGGCAGAUAUUUCCUGAACCGGCCCCACAAGUGAUACUAUUCACCUCCUUUACACAACCCAAAUCACACAGUAGGAACAGAUGAUUAAAUCAACCCAUCAUCUGGCCUUUCCCUGUCUACUCAUUAAAUGUGCUGGAUUAUUGGCCCCCAACCAGCUGGAACUGCUCCAGAAACAGCGGGGUCAGGAACAGACAGGUGGGCUGUUUCUUGUGUUUGGUCGGUUUCACAAUGCGAGCUCACUCCGUAGACUCCCCCAGUUUACUCUCAGUUCUAAAUAAAGCAGAAAAACGCUGCUUUCUGGUGUCUGUGAUUAACGUCUGACCUUUUUUUUUAUUAUUUGGUGUUAGAAAACUAAUUGCCAGGUUUGACACAUGGGAGCAUUGGAUUUCCUGUUGUGCCAUUGAUGCAGGGGCGUGUACAUAGACUCAGGAUGCUGUGCCGUUCUGCCUCGGGGCGUUGUAAUGUUUUGGAAACACGUUUGAAUGAACAGGCUGCAAGAAAAUAAAAGUGAUCUGGAGGAAAUUGCCAAGUAUGUUCUAACUAUAUUAUUGGGUAACAUUAGUUUGAUUCUUUUUCUUUUUACUCAUGUAUAGAGAUGCAGUAUGAUUUGAGUCAGAGCUCUUUAAUAUUUUGAUGUAAAUGGGCCAAAUUUUCUUUUACUUUGUGGAUUGUUUGGGCAGCUGCAAUCCUUCAUGUUCAUCACCAAGAACAAAAACACUCCUUAUUUGUCCUUGUUUUAAUCAAGUCAUGUAAAUAUAAUUUGUGCCAUGGAUGAUUACAGUAAACAAUCUUUUGUUAUCAGCAGUGAGACUCUGUGGUACCGGCGUGAGAACCUGAAGAAUGUCAGCAGCGCUAAACACUAAACGGCACAUUUGUGGCCAAUUGUAUUUGCAGUGGAGAAUUAUGGGAAAGUAGACGAAAUUACGCUGAAAUACUUUCUUGUAAUUGUCUAAAAUCUGCUGUGUUUCUCUGUAGGAGACUCCUAAGUAGGCCAGAAUAAACCAUUCUGCAAAUACUUUCUGCCCCAGGUCUGCCUAAAAGUUUUCCAUGCCCUGACAGCUGUGGUUUGUUGAGUGGCAAAAAAAAAAAAAAAGAUAAGGACUGCGAAAAACAACUGACUCCAAGUUCUGCUGUUGAAUGUUUUCUUCUUUUUUCUAUUCAGUGGCUGUAGUGUAAUGCCAAGUAUGCACUGUUUUCCUUUCCUACUCCUUUAUUCUGGUUUUACAGUAUAUUAAUAUAUUUACCUUCCUCACUUUCCUUUCUUUGAAAUAACAGCUAUAUUUUUCAAUAAAAGAGAAAGCUGGUAAUCUUUAA